CAUCGCAUCAGUUUACCACGUUGGUCACAGUGACCUUUCGUACGAGUCCACAUAUAUUACAUCGAAAACCAGUGAUUUGUUUACGUGAAUGCGUGGAAAAUUUACACAAGAUGGAAUUAUCGUAGGUUGUCAACACACAGUAUGCUUUUACAGUUGGAGUUGUAAUAAUAUGUGAGGUGUUGUUGUUUGCAUUUGGUUUUAAAUCUGCUCGACUCGCGUAUACGGGCGAUGACCGGAAAACAGCUGACAAGAAAUGAAGGACAAGGUGCUGAUCGUCAUAAGGAAACUGACAGUGAGUUGGUAUCUCCAAAAUGUAACAGCAGCAUUAAGUCUUACUACAGUAACAACAGCCUCAACUCUGGAAGUUCAGGACAAGGGGUGUGAUUGGUUCUGGCAACAACAGAACAGUUUGAAGUGCUCAAACAUCAGAAGAAAAUCUGGGAAACAGGUAUUACUUUUUCAUGUUGCAGUUGCAAGUGGUACUUCAUUGUAUUCCUGUGGCGAUGGAGAAGCGGUACAAUAUGAUUCUGUUAGCCCUGAUGAAGGUUGUAAGUACUCCCACAGUGUCCUGCUCCUAGGAUUGAUUGACUGCUUGCAAGUUAGGCCCAUCAAGCAAAAUGUGGUGCAGCCGUAUCAGAUGCAGGUGCGUAAUGUCUUUGUAAUGGGAGGCAAUGUUGCUGUACUGAAGUGCAACAUCCCUAACUUUUUGAGGGGGUUGGUCCAAGUGUCCAGCUGGUUAAAGGACGAACACUUGCUGGGAAGAACCGUCAUACAUCCUGGUGGCAAGUUCACCUUAACAUCCUCAGGUUCGCUGCAUAUCAGGGACACUGUGACCAAUGAUGGGUUUGCUCGCUUCUACUGCCAGACUGUGCACCGACUGACUGGAGAGAAAAAACUAAGCAUGCCAGGACAGAUCAUCAUCAGCCGUGAGUUACGGUGAUUUGUCAUGAUUCCCAUGAAAAUAUCUUCAUUGUUCUUCUUCCAAGCACAAG